CAUGGUGCGGUGCGAGCUGCGCGGAGCGGCCGGACCGGUGCCGCUGCCCGAUGGCGAGGCCGUGGUCGUGGGGAGGGGGCCGCGAACCGGCGUCACCGACCGGAAGUGCUCCCGCGGACAGGUGGAGAUCGUGGCCAACUACGCUGAGGGCACGGCCCAGGUCACCCAGCGUGGAGUGAACCCCACCUCGGUUGGGGGGGCCCCGCUGGGCCGGGGGGGUUGCGCCACCCUGCGCCCCGGCCAGACCCUCUGCUUGGUCAAUGGCCUUUACCCCUUCGAGCUCCACUUUGAAGGUGCCCCCAAGCGCCCCCCCUCCUCCCCCUCCCCACCCAGGGGGGGUCCCCCCAACCCUUCCCCUUCCCCCCCAAAGCGUCCCUGCCCUCCCCCCGCCGAUGCUUGGAGCCAACAUGGAGCCCUCUUGGUCUUCACCCCCCCUGGCGUCGUCCCCAGCUCCCGGAUCGCGGGUUUUGACCUGGACGGGACCCUCAUCACCACCAAGUCGGGGAAGGUGUUCCCCACUGGCCCUGAGGACUGGAGGAUUCUGUACCCGGAGGUGCCCAGGAAGCUGAAGGAGCUGCAGAGAGAGGGGUAUAAGAUCGUCGUCUUCACCAACCAAAUGGGCAUCUCUCGGGGGCGCCUCAAGAGCCCCCAGUUCAAGGCCAAGGUGGAGGCUGUGACCCAGCGCCUGGGGGGGGCCCUGCAGGUGCUUGUGGCGACGGGGCCAGGGCUGUACCGGAAACCAGUGCUGGGGAUGUGGGAUCAUCUGUGCCAGGAGGCCAAUGGGGACGUGACGGUGUCAGUGCCCGACAGCAUCUACGUGGGGGACGCCGCUGGACGCCCCCAGAACUGGGCCCCCGGGCGCAAGAAGAAGGAUUUCUCCUGCAGCGACCGAUUGUUCGCCAUCAACGCUGGGCUCCGGUUCCACACCCCAGAGGAAUUCUUCCUGGGCUGGGCCCCGGCACCCUUUGACCUGCCGACCUUUGACCCCCGGCAGCUUGACCCCUCAGCACCACUCUAUGACCCCCCCGAGGAGCCCCUGCUCAGCUCCAGCCCCGAGGUCGUGGUGGCCGUGGGGUACCCUGGGGCGGGGAAGUCGACCUUCCUGAAGACCCAUUUUGUUCCCGCGGGAUACGUCUACAUCAACCGGGACACGCUGGGCUCCUGGCAGGCCUGCGUUGCUGCCUGUGAGGCCGCCCUGGCUCAGGGCCGCUCCGUUGCCAUUGACAACACGAACCCGGACCCUGAAUCGCGACAGAGGUACGUGGCCUGUGCCCGCGCCGCUGCCGUCCCCUGCCGCUGCCUCCACUUCACAGCCAGCCUGGAGCAGGCACAACACAACUGCAGGUUCCGGGAUAUGACCGAGAGCGGCCACGUCCCCGUCACCGAUGUUGUGCUCUAUGGGUACAGGAACCGGUUCGUGCCCCCCUCCCUCUCCGAGGGCUUCUCCCGGCUCCUGCACAUCCGGUUCCUGCCGCACUUCCGGGACCCGCAGCGGCGCCGCCUCUUCCUGCAGUUCAGCGCGGGAUGAGCCCC